GCAGCAAUGGAGCUUUCAGUCUGUCAUUGCCGACUUCUAUACUCUCCCUCUCCGCCAUCAUUUCUCCCCUCUCGCCUCCUACCUACAAAGCUUACUUUCCUGAACACUCCGAUCAUCAAUCCUACAAAUCCAUUGCAUAAACGACAACUGGGGUUCGCACGUCUCCAAAGUCGCUCGGCUUCGCUAAUGGACUCUCACAGUCCUCUUCAUUCACUUGAAAAUGUCUCACCCUCAGAGUCUUCCAUAUUCACGACCGGUCGAAUUGGAGAGGUGAAUAGGGUAACGAAAGAGACUAACGUGUUUGUGAAGAUAAACUUGGACGGAACGGGUGUAGCUGAAAACUGCACUGGAAUUCCAUUCCUUGACCAUAUGUUGGAUCAACUUGCAUCACAUGGGUUGUUGGACAUGCAUGUGAAGGCCAAGGGGGACAUUCACAUAGAUGAUCAUCACACAAAUGAAGACAUUGGGUUGGCUAUUGGAUCAGCUUUGUUGGAUGCACUUGGAGAUAGAAAAGGAAUCAACCGGUUUGGUGACUUCUCAGCUCCUCUGGAUGAAUCAUUGAUACAUGUUGCAUUGGAUUUAUCUGGACGACCACAUUUAAGUUAUGAUUUACAAAUACCUACCCAGAGAGUGGGAACAUAUGAUACACAGCUCGUAGAACACUUCUUCCAGUCCGUGGUCAACACUUCUGGAAUGACACUUCAUAUACGACAGCAGCUAGCUGGAAAAAAUUCUCAUCACAUAAUUGAAGCCACCUUUAAGGCUUUUGCAAGAGCCCUUAGACAAGCAACCGAGUAUGACUUGCGUCGUCAUGGAAGUAUACCGAGCUCAAAGGGGGUUCUUUCACGUGCUUAAAGUGUUAAAAUUUGAUGGAAUGUGGAUGCCCUAGACUACCUCAGUAUUUAUCAAAGGACUACCAUUGUUAUAGAAGAAUAUGAUGGUGUUGCUGUAUGCCAUCCUUUUCAACAACUGAUAGAUGCCACUGUAGUUUGUUUAGAAGUUAGAACAUCAGAGCCAUGUGAUGUAAUUUGCCAAGAUGAUAAUCAUUGUGUAUUUGACUUAUUUGCUAAAAUUGGUUUCACCAUUUUUUAUGACACCGAUUUUUGUUCAAAUAAUACCCUUUUUGAAGAUUGAUAUAACAUCUUUCC